AUGGUUUCUUUCGAGAAAUAUAUUUAUCCCAUUCGAGGAAAAUUACGAUUUGAAACUGAUCAAAUGGAGGAUUUGAAUAAAUGUUACAAAUAUGGAAACGCUGUGAAACUUGGGAAAACAGAAUGGUGUCUCAUCGUCGCCACAGAAUGCUCGCCGCACACUCAGAAUCAAAAGUGUUUUUCGAUUUUUUUGAAAUCACUUUACAAUUAUGAUCUUGCCGAAACUAUUUCGGGUCAAUUUUGUGUGUAUAUUUUGAAGAAUUCAAAACCAGAAAAAGCACGGAGAACGAAAUUUGUGAUGAAUGAAAAAUCUACGGGUACUUAUGGAUUCCCUAAUUUUUUGAAGUGGGACGAAUUGAUGAAUGAUGGAUAUGUGGAAAAUGGAAAAAUUGUAAUUGAAGCGGUUUUGUCAAUUGAAGUCGAACAAAUUUUCAAUCCAAAAUCCACAUUUUUUGACUGCAGACCAAAUAGUGAGGAUUUGAAAGUCAUGCUAGAGCCCAAAGAAGAAGGAUGUCAGAUAAAAAGUGGGAGAAUUAUUCAAGAAGUUGAAAUGGCAAAACUGAAGGACAUGAACCUUCAAAAUCUCUGGUGGCGAGUUGAAGCUGCCGCGGAAAUUCAUAUCAAAAGUCGAUUGCAUCCAAAUGUGAAUAUUUCAUUCAAUGUUCCACCAAAACUGUUUCUUGGAUCGCGAAGUUACGGAUCAUUUUAUGAUAUAUGGGAUUUUUUGAUGGAUCAAGAAUCCGGAUACCUCAGCAUUGGAAAAAUUUUAGUGGAAAUAAGAAUUGAUGUUAGGAAGAAAUAUGGAUUUGAGUGUCCUCAGAAGCCAAUUCGAAAAAUGACGGAUUCCGUGAUAUUGAUUGAUGGAGAAGAAUUUCAUGUUUCUAGAAGUCUCUUAUCCCAUCACUCAUCGGUUCUUUGUGACCUGUUUACUGGAACUCCAGACAUUCCAAAUUUUUUAUUCGACGAAAUUUCCAAAGAAUUAUUUGUCAAAUUUUUGGAAUUGGUGCAUGAUUGGAAAACUGAAAUUGAUGAGAAAAAUAUCGAAAAAUUGCUGAAAUGUCUAAAUCUUCUGGAAGCCGAUGAAUGUAUAAAACUCUGUGAUAAUCUGAUGGUGAGGAAUGAAUUCAAUUUUUGCAACAGAGCGCAUUUUCAAACUUUUCAGAGUCCCAAUGAGCCCUAUUACUCGUAUGUGAAACGAUACCCAAAACUUCCCAACGUUUUACGUCCAACCGGAGAAUUUCAAUUCGAAUUCGUUGAAAAGACUCGGGAAAUGUUAGAGGAUCCAGAAAUGGAACACAUUGGAAAUGAAGUUCUUUUAUAUUUGUCGAGGAAAUCGAAUCUUUUGAAAAAUAUGUGUAGUCGAGUGUUUUUUAAAGAGUUCUCCGAUCCCUUGGAUAUGGUGGUUUUUCAUUUUGAAGAUGGAAAAAGUUUCUAUGCCAGUAAGCAGUUUUCUCAACACUUUAUGAGAGAGUUCUAUGGACCGAAAUAUAAGGGAAAUGACAAUGAAAUCAAAAUUUCUGAUGUGAAAUCUGAAGAUUUUGAGAUGUUUUUAACGUUUAUAUAUCGUCCAAAUAUUAUUGCGAAAAAAUUCGAAAAAAACCCGAAAUCCCCAAAAAACGCCGUUGAAAAGGAAAGAAAUUCAAAAAAAUGUGCCGCCGAGGGACGAGGAUUUUCAGUGAGAAACCUAGGCCACGUGAGCGGCUAUUCCUGCUAUAAUUAUCGAGCUCAGAAUUUGUCGAAAGUGAAGAGAGAAAAAUUUUUUAACGAAAUAUCAAAAGUUGAAACCAUUUUUUCACUUUCCGUCGGUCUACUCUCCACUGGUCUUGCUUUCUACUUCACUAGAAAAUAA